AUGGAGGAAGACCUGUUCCAGCUCCGGCAGCUGCCGGUGGUGAAGUUCCGGCGCACUGGGGAGAGCGCGAGGUCGGAGGAGGACGCGGCCUCGGGGGAGCAUGAGGUCCAGAUCGAGGGCGUCCGCGCCGGCCUCGAGGCAGUGGAACUGGACGACGGGGCCGCCGUGCCCAAGGAGUUCGCCAACCCCACGGAUGAUACCUUCAUGGUGGAAGACGCGGUGGAAGCAAUUGGGUUUGGAAAAUUCCAGUGGAAGCUGUCUGUCCUCACCGGCUUGGCUUGGAUGGCGGAUGCCAUGGAGAUGAUGAUCCUCAGCGUCCUGGCACCACAGCUGCACUGCGAGUGGCAGCUGCCCAGCUGGCAGGUGGCGCUGCUGACCUCGGUGGUCUUCGUAGGCAUGAUGUCCAGCUCCACGCUCUGGGGUAACAUCUCAGACCAGUACGGCAGGAAAACAGGGCUGAAGAUCAGCGUCCUCUGGACCCUCUACUAUGGUGUCCUCAGUGCAUUUGCACCCGUGUACAGCUGGAUCCUGGUGCUCCGAGGCCUGGUGGGCUUUGGGAUCGGAGGAGUCCCCCAGUCGGUGACACUGUAUGCUGAAUUUCUUCCCAUGAAAUCCAGAGCCAAGUGUAUUUUGCUGAUCGAGGUCUUUUGGGCCAUCGGGACAGUGUUCGAGGUCGCCCUGGCUGUGUUCGUGAUGCCCAGCCUGGGCUGGCGUUGGCUGCUGGUCCUCUCGGCCGUCCCGCUCCUCCUCUUUGCUGUUCUGUGCUUCUGGCUGCCGGAGAGUGCGCGGUACGAUGUGCUGUCUGGAAACCAAGAAAAGGCCAUUGCCACCUUGAAGAGGAUAGCAACGGAAAAUGGAGCGCCCAUGCCACUGGGGAAGCUCGUCAUCUCCAGGCAGGAAGACCGAGGCAAAAUGAGGGACCUUUUCACGCCACAUUUCAGAUGGACAACCUUGCUGUUGUGGUUCAUAUGGUUUUCCAAUGCGUUUUCUUAUUACGGGUUAGUGCUGCUCACCACGGAGCUCUUCCAGGCUGGGGACGUCUGCGGCAUUUCCAGCCGGAAGAAGGCAGUAGAAGCAAAGUGCAGCCUGGCCUGUGAGUACCUCACUGAAGAGGACUACAUGGACCUGCUGUGGACCACGCUGUCCGAGUUCCCAGGUGUCUUUGUGACUCUGUGGAUCAUCGACCGCUUGGGCCGAAAGAAGACCAUGGCCCUGUGCUUUGUCGUCUUCUCCUUCUGCGGACUCCUGUUGUUCAUCUGUGUGGGAAGAAAUGUGCUCACUCUGUUACUCUUCAUUGCAAGAGCGUUUAUUUCUGGAGGCUUCCAAGCGGCCUAUGUUUACACACCUGAGGUGUACCCCACGGCGACGCGGGCGCUGGGCCUGGGCACCUGCAGUGGCAUGGCGAGAGUGGGUGCCCUCAUCACUCCGUUCAUCGCGCAGGUGAUGCUGGAGUCCUCCGUGUACUUGACGCUGGCCGUUUACAGCAUCUGCUGCCUCCUGGCUGCCCUGGCGUCGUGCUUUUUGCCCAUUGAGACCAAAGGUCGAGGACUACAGGAGUCUAGCCACCGGGAGUGGGGCCAGGAGAUGGUUGGCCGAGGGACACAGGGCACAGGUGCCCCCAGGUCGAACUCUGGCUCUCAGGAAUAG